AUGCUGGGCCCCAUGGGGAUCGAGAUCAAGUGGCUGAAGAACAGGCAGGAGCAGACGGCCUGGGUGGUGUCCACGGAGCUGCUCCAGAACGAAGACUGGACCUUCCAGAUCCUGGUGAUGCUGGAGAUGAGCCUCCGGCGUGGGGACGUCUACACCUGCCAGGUGAAGCACAUCAGCCCGCAGGAUCCCCUCACCGUGCACUGGGUGGCGCAGUCUGACUCCGCCAGGAGCAAGAUGCUGACGGGGGUCAGGGACUUCGUGCUGGGGCUGACCUUCCUGGCGGCAGGACUCCUCACCUGCCCCAGGCUAAGAAAGGAAGUGUUCCAGCGACCGAGGAACUUCCUGCCCCUCUCUCAGCCCAUGCCCAAGAAGUGUGGGGCUAAUCCCAGCCCCUGGUUCCUGAAUCAGACCAUUCAGAGUGAGGGGCUGGUCACACAGGUCACUGCCAGCAUCCGCCACCCGCUCACCGAUACCCCGUCCGGGGAGGAAAACACGCUAGACAGAGUCCUGCCUAUGGGCACAUUUUGCUUCUGUGCAGGUUGUGUGAACGGGUCUGAAUGA